AUGCAUCUUGAGGAGCCCUUUCCAACCUUGGCCCAGCAGGCGGAUUCGGCUCUACUCAACCGGCGCCGCCGUCACAAGUCCGUCUCGCAGCGGGAUCAACCCUCGAAUCUUCCAUCCGAUCCCACGUCCCCGGAAGUCAUCUCGUCCCUCAUUUCAUCGCUCUCGGCGAUCUCAGUCCCUUUGAAUUCCCAUUUUGACAGCAUCCCGCGCAUUGACUCGGAAGACCCCCCGACCCCCGUUCACCACGAGACCACACCUCUUAAACCAACCCCAACCCGGCCUCCAUUGAUUAAGAAUGGCUCCCGAAUGAGCGUGAGCACCUGCGCCACUGCCGAGGACCAUUCGCAAGGCCUUUUGCACCCAGAUGAUGCUGCUUCACCCCCGGUCAUUCGAAUGGCCAGAGCGCCCCCUUCUCCCAAAGUGCAAAGAUCGCCUCGCUCUCCCAGAUACAAACCGUUCAAGUCAGGAGAACCCCUGUCGCGACCGCCGUCUCAGGAAUCGCAUACCUCGGUACGGACCCCGUCAGAAACCGCCGUGUUUGGAACCAUCAGCACUGAACCCGCGCCGCUCUCUACUAAGACACCGAGUGUCGCGUCGACAAGUUCGACUGGACGGGCCAAGAGUCUGAAGGAUCACCUGGGUCUAUUGCGCAAGUCGUCGCGUGAACUGCGCUCUGACCAGGAGACUUCAGCGGAUCGCCUGCGUCGGUCGAGUAGCUACACUGACAGUCUGUGGCAUAAUACGCCCCGACACCGACCCAGUCUGCGAUCAAUGUAUUCCAUGGCGAAUGUAGCCGAGGAAAUGGCACCAAUGGAAGUAUUGCAGAAAGGGUUGCUUGAGGAGAAGAAGGAGGAGGAGGAGGAGGAUAUGUCGGCACAACCCCCAACAUCCAACACCCCGCCAAACCGAGAAUUGCCGUCGAGCCAGACCUCUCCGGACGCGGCUCAACAGCCAGGUGGAAUAGGCAGCGGACGAGCGAUUCCCACACGAGCCUCGUCCCUUCGUCACCGACACAGUCAGUCGUCGAGCUCGAGGCGGCGUCAAUCUGUACGCCACAGUCGAUACUCUUCAACGGCUAGCCAAGAUGUUGCGCCAGCUGAGAAUGGUUUACCGGGGUCGAGAAACGACGCGGCGCAGGUAAUACAGAAAAUACAAGAGGUCAAAGACCGACACCAGAAGAACACAAUUGAAAUGGCAGCCGUUGACAGUCUGGCUGGCCGGUCUGGGACGUCGCCGGUGAGACCGUCACGGUCUUCGCGCUCUCGCAGCCACAUUGAACAAACCCCCCCUCUCCAACAGCAAACAAGUCCUAUCGAUGACUUUUCCUCGUUCUUCCACGAGAGCGCGCCAUCACCAUUAGUAAAGACAGGGAAACCCCGCACUUUGACGGGCAGCCCUGGAUUGUCCGCCAAGCCUCCCACUUUUCCACCACAUAUCCAAGGACAAUUGUCUGGCAAACCGGGGUAUGAGAAAUUGGAACAGAGGCAAUCAAUGGACCCCGUCUCUCCCAGACCUUCUCAUCGUCGUACACCAUCGAGUCCGCCAGCCGUCGGCCGCCCAUCCCUUCACAAUGAACGACCAUCUAGUGCAGACUCCAUCGAUCUGGCCGUUGAGGCCUACACCAUCUCACCUAAGCUCACGCAGAGGGUACCUCACCCAACGACGGGGCGGACAAUCGCCUUUUCGGAAGUUGGGGAUCCCAAGGGUCAUGUGGUACUCUGUUGUCUGGGUAUGGGACUGACGCGGUAUUUGAUGGCAUUUUACGAUGAAUUGGCACGGACGCUGAAUCUGCGCUUGGUGACAUUGGACCGUCCUGGAGUGGGCGAAAGUGGGCAGUAUUCUCCAGAUGAGCCCAAUACCCCACUAAGCUGGCCAGAUGAUGUUGCUAUUGUGUGUAAUCAUUUGCGAGUGACCAAGUUCUCCAUUCUCGCUCAUUCGGCUGGCGCCAUCUACGCCCUCGCGACGGCCUUGCGAAUCCCUCAGCAUAUUCGAGGACGGAUCCACCUACUCGCUCCUUGGAUCCCUCCGUCUCAGCUAUCCACCAUCGGGUCUCAAAAGGAGCCCGUGCCGGCUCAUGCCGUUCCUUAUUCACAGCGCAUCCUGCGCGCCCUCCCGACAUCUCUUCUCAAAGUCGCCAAUACGAGUUUUAUGAGCGCCACAAGUGCCAGCAUUACCGCAAGUCUACCCAAGUCUACUCGACGAGCGAAGAAAAAGCCUACCAAGGAGAUCGCGAAGGAAGAUACCUCUACUCCUGCCAUCGCAGUUCCCGCGGCCGAGGCCAAUGCUUCCCAACUGAUCUCACCCACCCUUCUUGAGCCAUUCAAGCCGUCCAACGUCGGCUACGAAACGUACCGACAUAGCGACGCAAGUCUCGACACUAAGGCAAAAUCUGCUGAGGAAGAACUGGAACGACAAAGAGAUUAUGACACACGACUGACACACAAAAUCUGGGCGCUUGCCACUGCCAAUGCCAACCCGACCGUAGACCUUCUGGUCUGCCUGGAGCGUCGUCAGACAAUCGGGUUCCGGUACGUGGAUAUCACACGGUCAACCGUUAUUCACCACGGUAGCAAAGACACGCGUGUGCCGGUUGAGAAUGUCCAGUGGCUGGGCAAGACCAUGCGACGUUGCGAGGUGCGGAUACUUGAGGGUGAAGCACACGGUCUCAUGGCGUCCGCGAAGGUGAUGGGAAAUGUUCUGACCGAGAUCGCGAAGGAGUGGGAGGAUUGGACUACCAUCGUGCAGGGCCGGCGCCGCGCGACGGCCUCGCAAGCUUCUCGACCGAGCGUAUCCUUGCAAUACCAGCAUUCAAAAUCUUCCCUACAAAAGGGCCCCGCGCAGAUGAGCCGCUGA